CCCGGGCGCCGCCCGCUCGCUCGGCCUGGCGAGGACAAAGGCGCGGCUGGGGACGGGGAGGAGGGGGCCUGUUAUCUUGCGGGCUCGCGGGGGAGCCCCCCCGGCCGGCCCGCCUCCGCCUCCCUCACGCUGAACCCUCUGAGGCCCCGGCCGGCCAGGCGGCCACCCCGGCUGUGAUUUGGGGACGCGGAAGGAUGGGGCCGGGGGUGCUGGGUGCCAGAUACUGUUGAUUCGGGCUCGCGUAGGCUUCCUCGGACAAUCAGCGGCGCCCCCUGCUCGCCCGGCCCCGGCGCCCGGACCUGGGGGUCAGCAAGGCUGCAACCGCAAGUUGGGUGGCGGGCGUUUGGGGGGGUCCUAAGGUGAAGAGCAAGAGUAAGCCAUGGAGCUUCGCGUGGGGAACAAGUACCGCCUGGGACGGAAGAUCGGCAGCGGGUCCUUUGGAGAUAUCUACCUGGGUGCCAACAUCGCCUCUGGUGAGGAAGUCGCUAUCAAGCUGGAGUGUGUGAAGACAAAGCACCCCCAGCUGCACAUUGAGAGCAAGUUCUACAAGAUGAUGCAGGGCGGCGUGGGGAUCCCGUCCAUCAAAUGGUGCGGAGCCGAGGGUGACUACAACGUAAUGGUCAUGGAGCUGCUGGGGCCCAGCCUCGAGGACCUGUUCAAUUUCUGUUCCCGAAAGUUCAGCCUCAAGACGGUGCUGCUCCUGGCCGACCAGAUGAUCAGCCGCAUCGAGUACAUUCACUCCAAGAACUUCAUCCACCGGGACGUCAAGCCUGACAACUUCCUCAUGGGGCUGGGGAAGAAGGGCAACCUGGUCUACAUCAUCGACUUCGGCCUGGCCAAGAAGUACCGGGACGCCCGCACGCACCAGCACAUUCCCUAUCGGGAAAACAAGAACCUGACUGGCACGGCCCGCUACGCCUCCAUCAACACCCACCUGGGCAUUGAGCAAAGCCGUCGAGAUGAUCUGGAGAGCCUGGGCUAUGUGCUCAUGUACUUCAACUUGGGCUCCCUGCCCUGGCAGGGACUCAAAGCAGCCACCAAGCGCCAGAAGUAUGAGCGGAUCAGCGAGAAGAAGAUGUCGACACCCAUCGAGGUCCUCUGCAAAGGCUAUCCUUCCGAAUUUUCAACAUACCUCAACUUCUGCCGCUCCCUGCGGUUUGACGACAAGCCCGACUACUCUUACCUACGUCAGCUCUUCCGCAAUCUCUUCCAUCGGCAGGGCUUCUCCUAUGACUACGUCUUCGACUGGAACAUGCUGAAAUUCAUGCGGCCCCCCUCCUGCCAGCCCCCUGCCCUUCCCUGCGGACGGCCCCGGGAUGAACUAGGGUGCAGCCCGGAACCCCGAGGACGUGGACCGGGAGCGGCGAGAACACGAGCGCGAGGAGAGGAUGGGGCAGCUACGGGGGUCCGCGACCCGGGCCCUGCCCCCUGGCCCACCCACGGGGGCCACUGCCAACCGGCUCCGCAGUGCCGCCGAGCCUGUGGCUUCCACACCAGCUUCCCGCAUCCAGCCAGCUGGCAAUACUUCUCCCAGAGCGAUCUCGCGGGUGGACCGGGAGAGGAAGGUGAGUAUGAGGCUGCACAGGGGCGCACCCGCCAACGUCUCCUCCUCAGACCUCACUGGGCGGCAAGAGGUCUCCCGGAUCCCAACCUCACAGACAAGUGUGCCAUUUGACCAUCUCGGGAAGUGAGGAGAGCCUCCAGUGGACCAGUGUUUGCUUAGUGUCUUCACUGUAUUUUCUUUUAAUAAACAAAAAAAGAUGGAAAAAAUAAACCACUCAAAAGAACAACAACAAAAAAACCCAGCACACAACCGACAAUGGAUUUUGUUUCUUUGAUUUCUUUGCCAAUGGCAAGAAGAUGGGAUGCCCUCAGCACUGAGGAUUCUUGCCCCCUUGUGGUGCCUGCUGCCCCCAAUCUUCAGGCUGCCAGACGCUCCCCCGACAGCUCCAGGCUAUAGGAGUCAGACGCCAACCGGCCUGCCUUUCCUGCCCCCACCCACCUGCCGGGAGAGGAACGGUCCAUGUCCCGGAAGUGGCAGGUCCCAGAGCCACAGCUGGCCCUUGAGCAUCAUCGGAGUGAUGUGGUCAGUCGAAACCCACCGAGUUUCCCUAGUCUCAGAAUCCAGGAGAUACGCACAGCGACACCCACUCUGAGAUGACAGUGGCCAACUUCCCAGGCUGAGCUUUUCCAGUGUCCCCCUGACCUCCAGGCUCCUCCUCUGCAUCUCCUUGGAGUGGGUGGGGAGGUGGUGGGGGUCGGCGUCCUUUGUGCGUGUGUGUGGAUGUAUUGACCCGUGUUUCCCAGGACAGCAGGUGCCCUGGCUCACCCCACCUGCCAGGCCAAAUUCCUGUUCUCCCGUAUCUACUAACAAGAAUAUGGGGGUGGGUGGUGACCUCCGAAUCCCUCAGAGCUCAGAGGGUCCUUGCUGCUGCCGAUCCCUCCCCCAGCCCGUCAUCAGCUGGUGGCAGCUCCAUCUUCCAUUCCUGGUUUUAGGGCAGAAUCCAUGGAGACUACUUCCAGAAGGCAUCUGGCUCUGAGUUAUAAAUGACUUCCCUGUUCCUGACAGUCACCUGGGGUCCCCCCUCUCCCUGGAUUCCACCGUCCUGAGCAGGGGCCUGGGGUCAGGGCUGGGUUUCGGAUUAACCAUCCUUCCUAGUUAACACCUCUUUUUGUUAUUUUAUUUUUGUUUGUUUUCUCCAUGUGUUUUCCUAAUUUAUUUACCUCUCUUUCCCCUUUUUCCUUUUUUUUUUUUUUUUUUUUUAAUUAAAGAGCAAAGCUUUUUAUUACUUUGUAAUUUAAAAAACAAAAAAAAUACUGAAGAACUUUGGGGGGAAUUUUGUACUUUUUCCUGUGUAAAUAUUGGACUUUUUUGAGCUUUAUUGUGGCUGUUAAUUUGAAGUAAUAAAGUAGAAAAGAUAAAGAGA